AUAAAAUUCAACCUCUUACCUACUUCUAACAAAGUUUCUCUGAUCUAUAUAGUGAUGUAGUGCUGUUAUUCUGAAUUAGAUAAUAAUUCAUGCUAUAAAAUCGAUUUUAAGUGGCAAUUGAAAGGAAUUUAAAUGGAUUUUCUAUUUGUUAAUAACCCCGAAAACGGAUCUGCGUCUGUAUCCGGCAGCAACCAGCGUUCAGUAGAUCCAUAUAAAAGAGUGGGCCAGCGAACUUUGUUAUUCAGAACAGACCGAGGGUUCAUCUGAAAAUGGAGGGACGUUUGUUGUUUGUUAUGUACCUGCUGCAGACUAGUCUUAUUUCAGGCAUCUGUUCAAUUACUCCAACUGAAUACGAGAAUGCAGUUGACCAAACUUUGCAACAGGUUAUGACCUGUGCUUCAUGGAUCCCUGGUCUGACAGUCGCUGUGGUGAAGGAUUCCCAGACGCUCUUCACCAGAGGUUAUGGAAAGAAAGAAAUCAACUCUGACACCCCAGUUACGGAGCAGACGCUGUUUCAAAUCGGCUCCGUUUCCAAAUCAUUUGCGGCAACACUACUUGCAAAGCAACUGCAGAAUGCAAAUUUGGGUUUUUCCACGAAAAUCAAAGACCUGAUGGACCCCGGUUUCUAUUUCGUUGACGAUGAGCGUACACAGGAAGCCACGGUGGUGGACGUUUUAGCACACAGAAUGGGUGUUCCAGACCACACUUAUCUCAGACUGAACCAGGUCCUAACCAGAGCAAACUUAGUCGACCUUUUCGAUGACAUGACACCAGUGAAGAACUUCAGAACAUCCUUCCUCUAUUCAAACAUGAUGUAUGGAUUCGCCACAUAUCUCUCCGAAAAACUGAACAACGGAAAUACUUGGGAAAAUCUUAUGGCGUCUGAAAUUUUUCAGCCUCUUGCUAUGACGUCAUCUAAGGUUGUAACUACUAUUCCAGAUCUUUCAAACGCAGCACAAGGAUACGAUAAAGCACCGGGCGGAGUAGUACCCGUACCGCUUAACUUCAGCAGAGAGUGGGGUAUCUGGUCAGCUUCUGGUGCCAUCAUGUCAAAUGCCGUGGACAUGACGAAAUACAUGAACCUUCACCUUUACAAUAAAGACAAGAACAAUGUCACGUUUAUGUCGUCUGCAUAUUUUGAUGCGCUGCACGAGGAACAUAUAAAACUCAAAUAUACCACAGUCAACACGUAUUUUGGGACACGAGUGGUACCAACAAAAGAGAAUGGGUAUGGACUGGGCUGGAAACGCGGAACAUACAGAGAGAACGACAUCUGGCUACACUCCGGCAGUACAUUUGGCUACAGGUCUUUUAUCACCUUGUUUCCCAACGAGAAGAUCGGAAUCUUUACAUCCAUGACUGGCGAAGAUGACAACUACAUUUUGCGUGUUUUGUUGCACAAUUUCCUGUCUGACGUUGCCCUUGGGGUGACUCCAUGGCUGGAUGCGCCGUCCAUCUGCGCAGAACUCACUGCGCCUAAAUACACGGGUUACUCCAACACAAAUAAUCCAAAGAGGAAUUUGGACGAGUAUGUUGGUCUGUACAUUAAUCCAAUUUACGGAAAUCUUAACGUAAUGAUGGACCCCAAUAACGACCAUUUGAUUUUGAAAUACGGAAUCGCAACAUGGGACCUAUGGACAAAGUCGAAAAAGGAUACUUUCAAAGCUGAGGGGAAGGGAAUGAUUAGAUAUCUGAUCAAUUUGUAUAAUAUUAAGUUCUUGACCACAGGCAACGAUAUUACUGCUGUCGAAUUUAAAAGUCUGUGCAAAUCAUGUGGAAGUUCUCCACCAAUAUUUACCAAAACUGCAAAAUGAUCUGCUUUUGAUUUCCAAUGCUAUUUUUGUCAAACAUCUCUAAAAGUUCUUGUAUAUCUGUGAGUAAUCGUCCUUACUAGAUGUUUAUUUUACAUUUUACUAGAUACGCGAACAUGAAUGUAUGAGUGACAAUAAAAAGCAUAAUUUCCA